CCCUCCGAACUUCCCCCCUUCCGCUCGCCGCCGAGUAGCGCCUACGCGGGCGCUGCCCUUGCGCGGAGCACCGGCACGUCGCAUGGCCCGUGCCGUCGGUACUAGCGGGGCCCCUCGGCAGCCGCCGCCGGCGACCCUCCGAGGCAGUUUUGGCUCGGGCCGGCCUCGGCCGAGCGGGGGGCCGCUUGCCCAGCCUGGCCCACGGGCGUGGCCGCAGGGGCGGGGCUGCCCCGCCCCCCUGGCGGGCAUGUUCCGCGCCAGCGACAUCUUCGGCCGCACGGCCGGCGGCGCGGAGAGGCCCUCGGUGGUCAAGACGGCCUCCGACGCCCCCGGCGGCAAGCGCCUGCUGAGCACCGGCAGCGCGGGGCCGGUCUCGCGGACGUGGGACCCCGCCAGCGGCCAGUUCGUCGAAGAUGAGAUCCCAGCGGAGGUGCAGCACCUCAUGGGGCUCGGCAAGAGGGCUCGGGCGGGGCCCGCGCCGGAGCAGACGCAGGGCGCUGCGUGGGGCGAGGGCCACGGGCUGAAGGAGCCCAGGGUGCUGAACCCGGUGGGCCUCGCGCCGCCCCAGUCCAGGGGGCAGGCGGGCGGGUCCAAGGUGGCCCACCCCGAGGUGGACAGGAACGCCCCCUCGGUCGAGUACAGAGGGUUCAGCAAGGUCGACCUGAACGACCGCUACUUCGAGAGGCAGAACUGCCAGAUCAACGGCAGGCCCACGUACUGGGGCGUCGACGGGCAGUACUUCAUAUACUGGCAGGGCCCGCUGUCGAGGUGGUCCAUCUGCGACGUCGGCAGCUUGGCGGCGGUCCGGGCCGGCCAGCUCCCCGGCUGGGCCUACAAGCAGGACCACCGGCACCUGUCGGGGGCCGCCGGCUGGAUGGAGGCCUGGGACGGCUCGUGGCGGGAGCCGGAGAUCGAGGUCUGCUUCAGGUCGGCAGCGGGCCACAAGCCCCAGUGGGAGGACCCCACGGCGCAGCAGGCCGUGAGCGCCGUGGAGUUCCGGGGAUUCGCCAUGCGGGAGCUCAGCGCCCGCUACCUGCUGAGGCCGUCGGAGAUGCUGCAGGGCAAGCCCAGCUACUGGGACCCCUCUGGCGUGUACUUCUUAUACUGGCAGCAGCAGAUGAGGAGGUGGGCCAUCUGCGACCUCAAGUGCAUCGAGGCGGUCCGGGAGGGCCAGUGCCCCGGCUGGGCGUACCGGCGCGACUCGGGGCACUUUGCCAACGCCUGCGGCUGGGUGGAGAUGAGAGACAGCGAGUGGACGGACGCGAAGGUAGAGACCGCGGUGAUAUCGACGUGCUCGAAGGGCCUGAAGGUCGAGCUGAGCGGGUUCGGUAAGCAGGAGUUGAACACACAGUACGUCGAGAGGCCAGACGAGGUGGUCCAGGGCCGCGUGACCUUCUGGGACCCCUCGGACAGUUACUUCAUCUAUUGGCAGAGCGCCAUGAAGAGGUGGGCCGUGUGCGACCUGGUCAGCCUGCCCCAGGCGAAGGCUGGGGACCCCCCAGGCUGGGCCUUCAGGACGGACUCGCAGCACUUCACGAGGAGUGCGGGCGUGUGGAUGGAGGCCCACGGCCGCGAGUGGAGGAGGGCGGAGGUCGCGUGCACGGUGCUGGAAGGAACCGUCCGCCCCGACGCGGCGGCGGUGAAGACGGAGCAGGCGGCCGACGACGCCCGGCUGAGCGCGGAGCAGUACAAGACGCUCGUGCGCCGCGUGUACGAGCAGAAGAACCCAGGCAAGUUGCCCGACCUCCCCGCGAUCUUGGACAGGUACGAAGGCACGGAGCACGAGCUCUUCAGCAUGGUCUGCGAGAAGUACCAGGUCGACGCGGACGAGUUCGCCGCCGCCGAGGCCGCGGCGAAGGCCGCCGAGGAACAGCCCCCGGGCGGCGAGGAAGAGGAGGAGGAGUACGCCCACCUCGCCGGAGCGGAGUGUCCCGAGCUGACGGCGCGGGAGUACGCCACCCUCGUCCAGAACGUGUACCUGCGGCACAACGCGAAGAAGCUGUCGGACAUGGGGCGCCUUCUGGUGAAGUACAAAGGGCGCGAGCGGGAGCUGCUCCACGAGGUGUGCGCCAAGUACGGCGAGAGCCCCGCGGUCCUCCACGCGAGAUGCGAGAGGGAGAAGCGGCAGGCGCCCGCGGCGGUGGCGGAGCCCGUGUGAGCCUCCCCCCCCCCGAGAGGGAAGCGGUGGCGCGGCGAGGCCCGGGCCCCGCCGCGGGGCCUGUGUCCCGUCUGGGCCGCCGCUGCUCCGACGCGCGCUGCUCGCCCCGGAGGGCACGGGGGGGGGGGGAG